AUGGCACCAGCUUAUAAGUUGACUUAUUUUAAUCUUACGGGACUCGGAGAAGUGAUAAGGUUCCUUUUUCACUACGGAGGAAUUGAAUUCGAAGAUGUAUACGAAUUGAAGAAUUCACGGAAUGGCCUGCUAUAAAAUCCAAAAUGCCAUUUGGACAGAUACCCAUCUUGGAAUACAAUGGCAAAACCUAUUACCAAUGUAGAGCUAUUGCAAGAUACCUACCUAGCAAAACAAGUGAAAUUGGUUGGAAAGGAUGAUUUGGAAAACUUGGAAAUCGAUCAAACUGCUGAUGUUGUAUCCGAUCUAUUCCAAAAAACUGUCGAUUACUAUUAUGAACCAGAUGAAAAAGUUAGAAAGAAUAAAGAGGGCCCCACCCUAGACGAAUUGUUGCCUUUUUAUAUUGGAAAACUCGAAAAACAGAUACAAGAUAAUAAUGGCUAUUUAGUUGGUGGGCAUUUGACUUGGGCUGAUCUACAUCUAGUGGGUGCUAGUGAGUAUAUCAGUUUCAUGUCAGGCAAAGACAUUGUAGCUAACACUACAUAUAUCAAAGCUCUCAAACAGAAAGUUCAUGGUCUACCUGGCAUCAGAGAGUAUAUCUCAAAACGACCGAAUGUUGCCUGA